AUGGGUAAAGCAUCAAAAUGGUUUCGCGGACUUCUCGGUCUUAGAAAACCAGACGCGUCGUCUUCCCCCGCAAAGCCACCCAAAGAGAAACGCCGAUGGAGCUUCGUCAAGUCUUACAGAGAAAAGGACAACAACCGUAAUCAUCAUGCCACCGUGGACCACCACGCAACAUCCACCUACGAGGACUUACCGGUUCACUCCUCGGGACACGUGGAAGGCGCCGUUCCUGACAACCACACCAUGGCUAUGGCAGCCGCCACCGCUGCCGUGGCAGAGGCGGCCGUCGCUGCUGCUCAUGCGGCCGCCGCCGUUGCCAGACUCGCUAGCAGUGGCAGGACCACCGCUGGAGGCAUUAUUCGCGAGGAGUGGGCAGCCACUAAAAUUCAAGCCGCGUUUCGAGGCUGUUUGGCAAGGAGAGCGCUGCGAGCGUUAAAAGGAUUGGUGAAGCUUCAGGCAUUGGUGAGAGGUCACAUUGAGAGGAAGCGCACAGCAGAGUGGCUGCAAAGAAUGCAAGCACUUUUACGUGCACAGGCCCGAGUCCGUGCUGGUCGGGCCCAAAUUCUGCAGACCCCGUAUUGGAAUGCAAAAUCAUCCACUGUUCACCUCCAUGGUCCAGCAACACCAGACAAAUUUGAAAGCCCAAUCAGAUCCGAGAGCAUGAAAUAUGAUCAGUCAUCAUCAGUACUCAAGAGAAAUGGCUCCAAAUCCCGUGUCCAGAUCAAUGGUAAUCACGAGAAAUGUGUGAAUAGAUCAGAUAGUCGGGUAGAUGAACAACCAUUAAAUCAACGAAGAUCAUGGAUAAGAACUUGUAGCAUGGAUGAUGAUAGAAGUUUCAGGGUUCUUGAAAUGGAUUCUGGAAAACCACACAUCACAUCAAAACGUAGAAACCUCUUUUACUCCUAUAGCCAAGCUUUGGUUUCGGAUCAUCAGAGUCAGAGUUGGACCACAACAAAGGACUCAACAUCUAAUCAAUCGGGUCAAAGUCUAUCUCCUUGUGAAGUUCGGUCUUGCAGCCCUCUAAAAAUCAACGAGGAUGAGGUGAGCUCAUUCUACGGUGCUGAUAAUAGUCCUCAAAUUCCAUCUGCGUCUUCUAAAGAUGGUGGCUCCAAAAGAAGUCCAUUUACUUCUACAAGGAGCGAUGGCUCAAGAAGCUAUCUAAGUGGUUACUCUGACUAUCCAAGUUACAUGGCUUACACUGAGUCUUCAAAAGCAAAAGUAAGAUCUCUCAGUGCACCAAAACAAAGGCCUCAGUAUGAGAGGUCUAGUUCAUCUAACAGGUACUCGCUUCAUGGAUUUGGUGAGUCAAGAUUGGCUACACAAAGGGUAUCUACAUUGCACGCAAAUUUCACUAGCAAAGCCUAUCCUGGUUCUGGUCGUUUGGACAAACUUGGUUUGCCUGUGGGUUAUAGAUAUUGACGUGUAUGUUUCUUCUGUUAGAAGGGAUU